GGCCGUGGGCGCGGCCGGCAGCACGGUGGUGCACACGGCCGCUGGCAGCGGCGGCGACGACAGGCCUCCCGUCACCGUCACUAACGUGACGGGUGUCGAGCGCGCCGCGCGCGGCAACGUGGCUACCGUGGAGGUGACCGACUCGCCGGCGGGCGCGCAGCCCGAGGGCGCGCCGGCCGCGCGGCGCGUCCCCCCUGAGGAGGUGGAGGUGGUGACGGACGAGAAGACCAACUCGGUGCUGGUGACGGGAGAGGUGCGGCCGGCGCCGGACGAGCUGCGCAGUCUCAUAGCGCGCUCGCGCCAGGCGCGCGACGAGUUCGUGCAGAUGACGGUGGGCCGUGGCAUCUCGCCAGAGCCGGCGUCGCGCCUCGCCGACUACUUCGCCGGCCUGGACGCACCGGCGCCGACGCCCGGGCGGCGCGGACCGCGAACCCCUGAGGUGCGGCGCCGCCAGCGCUCGCCGGACGGCGCUGAGCGGCGCGUCAGCACCGACGGCGAGAUGCCAGACGACUUCGACGACGGCUUCGACUUCGGCGGCGGCGACGACGACGAGUACGGCUACGACCACUUCGACUCGGACGAGCGCUACUCGAUGGAGGAGCAGGAGUCGUUCAGCGACGCGUCGCAGGAGGAGGCGUACACGGAGGAGGAGAUGCGGGGACUGAGCCGGCCACUGGACUUCACACUAACCACCAUCAUCGAGGAGAGCUGCGAGGAGAGCGACGUCGAUGAGCGCGCCGCCAAGGAACGCACACCCACCGCUGACCCGUCAUCGGAGCUCGAGAAGUACUUCUUCUUCGACCUGGGCAACGGGCCGUACGAGCCGCGCAAGGUCGGCAACGAGGAGAGCGAGUGCAACGACUCGUUCAGCAGCGACGCGUCAGCCUCGGUGUACAGCGAGCUGUUGGACACGGAGGACGCCGACGGUGACCCGGUGGAGCAGGCCGCGGCGCGCUACUUCAACAAGGGCUUCCUGGGCCUGGGUCUGGUGCGGCAGCCGUCGAUUCGCUCUGCUGGCGAAGACUCUGAGGUCCAGACGGACGGCAGCGGUAGCGUCGGCAGCGACUCCGAGGGUCAGCCAUCUCCCGAGCAGCGGCGCAAAAAGGUCACGCGCUCCCGCUACCGGGCGCAGUCGGGUGACGUCAGCGGCAGCGGCGGCGACGUGUCGGCGCGCGAGGUGUCCGACAAGAGCGACGGUACGUCCAGUGACGAGGACAACCCGCCCGAUCCGACCGCCGACGAGACGGCCUUCGAGAAGACGGACGGCCAGUUCGACACGAUUAAACGGCGCAAGAAGAAGAAGCUGCUGGCGUCCGGCGGCGACCACUCGGACCGCGAGACGGCCCUGGAGAAGGUGGCUCGCGCGAUGGAGGAGCCGGCGGCGCUGGCCGUGGCGCGAGCGCCGGAGCCGCUGGCCGCGCCGGACGCUGGCCGUGAUGCCAGUCUCCACCAGCUGGACAAGACGGGCGAGGCGCGCCAGAGCCGCGACAGCGGCUUCCUAGGCAGCUCGGACGACCUGCUGAAGGAGGCGGUAAUCAAGGAGACGGAGGAGCGGCCAGAGGAGGCGGCCAAUCGCGUGACGCCCGACUCAUCGGACAGUGAGGGCACGGCGCGCAAGACCAGCUCGGUCUCCGGCUCGCAGCGGUCCGCCUCCGGUGAGGAAGGCGCCGCCGGCGGCAGGAGGUCGACUACACCGUCAGCCAAGGCCAGAGACGCCGCCGGCCAGGCGGCCAGUUCGCCGGGCGCCAAAACGCGCAACAAGGUAAUCCGCAAGGACUCGUUCAACAACUGGAGUUCGGACGAGGAGACCAACAUCCUGAUGGGCCGUCUGCGACAGUUCUUCCGCACGACCAUCUUCAGCGCGCCGCGCACGGACGUGCACGGUCCGCAGGCGAAGCCGGCCCAGCUGCUUUCGUUCGAGAGCGAGCUCACGCGCAUGAUGAAGAGCGUGCCUGGCAUCAACGAGGCGCAGGUGCGCGAGAUUGUUGAAUACCUGAGCAGCGAGGACACGUGGAGCGACUCGUACGACAGCUCCGACUACACGAGCAGUGACCUGGAGGGCGCGUACGCCGCCUUCAACCCGGCGCAGCCCGACUUCAUGACGCAGAUCCAGAAGCAGAUCUCGCAGAGCUGCCAGCAGAUCAUCCAGAAGUACGACGGCUCGGACGCGCCGCCGCCGCCGCCCGUCCAGCCGCCCGCGCCGGCGGCCGCCGCGCCGGCCGAGCCCAACGACGCUGUGGCCGUGUACGAACGGUUGAUGGGCAGCUUGCGCGGCCUGUCGCAGCCGACGCAGCCGCCGCCGCCUGUGCCCGCCUCGCCUCCCAUGCUCACUAAGGUGAUGCAGCACGUAGGCGACCGGCUGGUGGCGCUGAUGCACGAGGUGUCAAGCGGCGGCGACUCGACGUCACUCAGUGACCACUCGCCCAACCUGAGCGUGCGGCUGCCGCGCGCGCGCGACUUCUUCACCGAGUCGUACACGUCGAGCCCGAAGCACGGCCGGAGCCGGACGGCGGCGGCCGAGGCGGCCGUCUCGAGUCCGGACCUGACGCCGGGCCACUCGCCGCACGUGCCGCGCUCCGGCUACCUGCGGCUGAUGACGGCGCCGCCGGCCGCCUCCGACGACAACAUUCUGGCCUCGCUGGAGACGGCCUCCUCGCCGACCGGGCCGCGCAAGUCGGUCGGCAGCACCGGCUCCAUCGACUUCAACAAGAUCCUGCGCGACAGCAAGCGCAAGAAGAAGAAGGAGUUUGACUCGUGCCACAACCUGGUGGAGAAGAAGGACGCGGAGGAGGGCGAGCCGACGCUCGGGCGCACCGAGGACAAGUGGACGCGCCUGAGCGGCCGCGUGAAGUCGGAGGGUGACGUGAGCGUCAAGUCGUGCGGCAGCGGCAGCACGCUGACGAUCGGUCGACCGCGCAGCUCCGAGUUCUCCUCGUCCGAGCAGGUGGACUCGGACUCGACACUGCGCGCCGCCGACAGCUACGAGAAGCACAUCGGCCAGCGCAACACGCCGCGCUGGUUCAGCAGCCGCUCCAGCCUCGGCAGCAAGAACUCGCUCAACACGUCGCUGAGCAGUGAGACGAUCACGGCGCGGCCCGAGGCGUCCGACAGCGAGCCGGAGGACCGCCGGCCGCGCCGCUUUCUCUUCAACUACAAGCGUCGCAGCAGCGUGCCGGACACGAGCCCGCUGCCGGGCGAGCCGGCGCCGGCGGCCGACGUGCGCUCGACGACGCUGCCGCGCUCCACGGCCGUGGGCGGAAGCACGGGCGCGCUGCCGUCUGGCGGCUGA